AUGUUGGGAAAUUGGUCUCAAGGUGGUCCUCAAGGACCACCACAUAACUACAACAAUAAUUACACUGGCCCACCUCAAAACUACAACAAUUCUUACAAUGCUCCUGUACCUAAUAAGACUCCUCGUCUUCCAAUAUGCUUCACGUGUGGUCAAGAAGGGCAUUACGUCAAGGAUUGUCCGAAUCAAAAUCAAAGUGGUCAAGCUACUAUGGUUGCUCCUCAGACAACAAAUGUUAAUGGGUAUGGUGCACCACCCCAAACAAAACAGUGGGCGAACGCUCAAAAUGGUCAGAUGGGUUCCAAGUAUGGUCCCUAUGCUGGCCCUGGAAGUGCUCCAAUGUCGCAAUUCACGGACCCUGGUCAAAAUUCUCAGUUCAAUGGCCCAAUGCCAUCUGCUCCGAGUCCGCUGUAUCAGCAACAUUCCACACCAAAUCCACAGCAACAGGGCCCUCCACAACAGGCGUAUCCUAAUCAACAACCUGUUGCCAAUGGAGCGAACUACAAUAAUCCAUCUCAACAGCAACAUGGAUCUCAAGGCUAUCAAGCUCCGUAUAUUCAACACCCCCAAUCUAGUUCACCACAACAGUAUGGACCACCAACCCACAGCCAAAAUGGUCCACAGUAUCCUCCCCCAUCAGCCCCAGCCACCCCCUUUCAGCCUCAAAACAAUGGUUACAAUCAAGGUUACAAUAGCCGAAGUUCAUCAGUACCUCAUCAAAGCAACGGCACGCCCAAUCAUGGGCAAUGGAUUGGUUCACCGCCAGUGGUGUCUCCUCCUAAUGGACCACAACAACAGCAAGGACAAUUGCAAUCAAAUCCUGGCUAUAAUCGUGAGUUCAGGAGGUCCCAAUCACAACAAUCUCAGCAAAGUGAAGGUCGAGUAUGGCCCCAGCAAGGGGAAAGCCGGGUGGGAUCUCAGCAGCCUCAGCAAAGUACAAGUCGGGCGGCAUCCCAGAAUCCAUCGAUGGCGUCCCCAGAGGUGAAUAAACGCGGGCUGUACGUCCCUCGAUCCAAAAACACUACACUUACCGCCCCUUCCAAAGCUUCUUCUCAACCCGCCGAGGUACCAAUACCUUCAAGGGCCUCAAGUGUGGCGAGUACACCCUUUGGCUCGCCCAGCUCAGGAGAUAACAUAUCUGAAUGGGAUGGCCAACCAGCCGUUUUAAAGGAGGACAGUCACCGGACUGAUGAGGAAAAGCAGUUCAAUUGGGAUUACAAAAAGAUCUUCCAAGCUGCAGGCGAAAGACAUGAAACUGUUGCACUUGCCCAGCCUUUGGCCAACAGAUUUGACAUGACUCCAGUCCCUCUCAUCGACAAGAAAUCAACCAUCUCAAUUUCAAGGUAUGCAAGAAAAGAAAAUUUGAAGGAGUAUAGACAAAGCGUCAGAAAGACGCCUCAAUGGCCAUAUUUACAAGAAGAUCCAACUUUCCAGGAGUUAAACGCUGGAGAUGAUUCAGUAUCCUUUGAAGAACUUGAUGCUUUUAUGAUAUCGAGACAUGGCGACGCACAUGUAUCUAUUACAACUCGAAAAGCCACCGCUGCAAACAUACCACGCACCGGUAAGCGGAAGCCAAGCCCAACGGACCAAGAUGAUAUCGAUGAGCAACUACAAGCUGAUAUUUCUACCCUGAAAAACAACAAACGUCAAAAGGUUGAUGACCAGUCAUUCAAAUCUGCGGAUGGCUUGCCUAGAUUCUGUGGUGAUAAUGCAUCGAACAACUCCCCACCUCUUCCUGAAGCGCCGGACGAUAUCUGGGCUCCUCAGGCGGGAGAGAGUGCCGACCCAACUGAGGCGUUACUGGCGUCUUUGGGUGUUUCUGGUGCUCCGAAACCGGUUGAGCCUGGACCUCCAGUCAUGAUUCCCAUUGAGGACCUCCAACAGCCUAUCUACAGUCCCCAGCAACCUCUUUAUGAAAAUCAGCAGACUCCCUACAAUUCUCAAAACACCCAACACAGCCAACAACCCAUUUUCAAUGCUCAGCAGCAGCCUUUGUAUACUCAGCAACCUCCUUUCAAUGCUCAGCAACCUCAUUUCAAUGCUCAGCAACCUCCUUUCAAUACUCAGCAACCCCCUUUCAAUGCUCAGCAACCCCCUUUCAAUGCUCAGCAACCCCCUUUCAAUGCUCAGCAACCCCCUUUCAAUGCUCAACAUUCUUCUUUCAAUGCUCAGCAACCGCCAUAUAAUUCUCAACACCAACCUGCAUACAAUCAACAGCCUACCUUUAAUGCUCAGCAGCAGCCUCCAUAUAACCAUCAACCUUCUUUCAAUGCUCAACAACCUCCUUACAAUCCACACCAAACUCCUUAUAAUGCCCAGCAGCCUUCAUACAACCAACAACCACCGUUCAAUACCGAGCAACGUCCUUUCAAUGCUCAACAACCUCCAUUUGUUGCCCAGCAGCACCCUUUUAGUCCUCAACAGCCUCCUUACAACGCUCAACAACCUUAUAAUGCACAGCGACAUCCUUUCAAUCCUACCAUGGCAGGUCAACCAUUUAGACAAGACCCAGGCUAUGCUAAUGCUCGCCCUUCAAAUUCCGGACCCCAAGGCUUCAAUCACCAAAACAUACCCCCGCCACCACCACCAAUUGAAGAGGAGCCUAUGUUCGACCCGUGGCCAGAACACAAUGUUACGACAACACCACCUCCCCCUGAUCACACGGACAAUGAUAAGGAAAAUGGGAAGAAAGACGAUGAGGGAAAUACUGCGGUGGAUUCUCCUUUGAGUCCCACUUCAUUAGAAAUCCUUGCGGAAAUAAAGAAGGAACCUGCGAAACCACGAAAAAUCGUCCGAAUAAUCAGUGGCAAGAAGAGCAAGGAAUCGUCGCGUUUAUCUGAGGAAGCCACUCCAAAACUCAAAAGAGCUCCACCAGUGGUCGAUGCAGCUUAUGGUCGCCGUUGGUAG